GCCUGAAGGUCCUUGCACAGAAGAUCCCAGAGGGGUUGAUCACGGGCACGCUCCCGCUGUCCUGCCAGGUCCCGGCUCCCCCGGGAUCCGCCCGAAGGAAAACCUCUCCCCGAGUCCCUCCCACCCGUGCUGAGAACAAGUGGAGGUUCUCUGCAGAUGAUCUCCAGAAGCUGAAGUACUACCUGGAGGAGGAGCACAUUCCUUUGGACGCUGCCAGCCGCCUGAGCCGUGGGAUUUCCAGCCGGGAUUCCAAGCCCACAUCCAUGAGGAGCAGCCCCAGCCUCCACGGCUCCAACGCUGGAUCCCUCAGCUCCCGCACGCUCAGCAGGACCAGCCUCCAGAACAGGCCCUGGAAAUAACCAGUGGGGUCUCCUCCCACCGAAUAAAGGAUUAUCCAGGUUUUGGGAAUA